UUUUUAACUGAACCCAGUACAUGAUUCAUGCAAAUAUGGUGGAAAAAAGUGAAUUUGGAUUACUACCUGCCACUCUACUGUGCUGCGUCCAGUGGCAAUUGGGAAGAGGCUAGCAAGUUUCUGGAAAAUGAUCCUCAUGCUGCAAAAGCUAGGAUCUCGAAUUUAUCAAUGACUGCACUCCAUGUUGCUGCAAGCGAAGGGCACUCCGAAUUCGUGGAGAAAUUAGUGAAACGCGUUCCUAGGGAUGUCCUCGAAAUGCAGGAUGAAAUGGGAUUCACACCACUUCACUAUGCUGCAUAGGUGGAAGCCUGAGGUCUGCCAAGGCUUUGUUGAUGGAAAAUCUAAAGUUGGCACAAUGUGUAGAUGCCGAAGGAAGAACUCCGCUGCUCCUAGCUGCCACCUUGGCUUCUGAGAAUAAGGAGUUGGUGUGGUACUUUUUGUUGGUAACUACAAAUGAGGAGCCUGGUCAUCCUUUUACUGGCCACUGGGCUGCUAACCUAGUCAAUAUGCUUAUUGCCUCAGGUUUCCAUGAAAUUUCACUGUAUGUGCUUAAUAAAUAUCCUGAGUUGGCCAUUGCUAAAGAUAAAGAAGAUUGUACUGCUUUGUAUGUUUUGGCAAGGAAUCAAUCAAACUUCCUUAGUGGCAGCAGGCUUGGAUUUUGGGAAAGCUGCAUUUACUCAUUUCUCCCUGUUGAAGUGGACUCUAUACCACCACACUCAGUGAGAACCUAUGUGGCUCGCCAUGGAAGUGUCCAAAACCUUCAGACAAUGGCAACACCAGAACAGUAUGGAGUUCUUCAUGGGUUAAGAAGAGUACUUUUUGGAGCUAUUAAACGAAUAGCACCAGCUAGUUUCACGCAACUCCAUGAUGCAAAACUUAGACAUCACUGUGCAGUUGAACUAGUAAAACGUAUUUGCUCACAACUUUCACAGAGGCAUACUUCUUGGCGGUUCAAUUAUCUUUUGAAUUCAGAUAUCAUGCAGAUAGCCACUGUAAAUGGCAUAGUUGAAAUUAUAAGUAUGCUCGUAGAAUCUUUUCCAGAUCUAAUAUGGGUUCGCCUCCUCAACAACCAAUAUUUGUUACUCAACUUCGCUAUUGAACUUCGACAUGAACAUCUUUUUCGUACUGUGUAUGAUAAGACUGCACGAAGUAAAUUAAUGGCUGCUACACUACUUGAAUCGGGGGGUUCCAUCUUGCAUCUGGCAGCAAAGUUGGCUCCUCUUCCGCAACUCUCAUCUAUUUCCGGUGCAGCUCUACAAAUGCAGAGAGAACUGCAGUGGUUCAAGGAGGUGGAGAAACUAGUUCACCCCUAUUAUAAGGAGAGCCGGAACCAAAACGGAGAAUCUGCUAGAGAAUUAUUCACCAAGGAACACAAAUUAUUGGCUGAGAGCGGAGAGAAAUGGCUAAAGGAUACGUCAAAUUCUUGCAUGCUCGUAUCAACUCUCGUUGCCACAGUUGUGUUUGCUGCUGCUUUUACAGUACCUGGAUGUAACGACAACGAAGGAGCUCCAAUUUUCUUACAGAAGAAGUCAGCCAUAUUCUUGGUGUUUGUUGUUUCGGAUACAGUAGCUCUAUUUUCUUCUUUAACUUCCCUUUUGAUGUUUCUAUCAAUCCUAACUGCGCGUUAUGCUGAAGAAGAUUUCCUAGAGUCACUACCAAAGAGGUUGAUAAUAGGUUUGGGCACUCUCUUCUUUGCUAUAGCCGCGACGAUGGUGGCAUUUGGUCCAACACUUUCGAUUGUGCUCAGCAAGAGAUUCAACGGGGUUUCCGUCCCUAUCACCUUGCUGGCAAGUUUUCCGGUGACUCUUUUUGCUCUGCUGCAGCUUCCCUUGUUUAUCCAAAUGGUCCGAUCCACAUUUGGACAGAGUAUCUUUCGCCCUAAAAAACUUGGGUAAUCCGAAGGACAGAUGGAAGAAAAGAUGUGUGAACUUGUGUUUUGGCUGUGUUUUUAUGCGUACUGAUCAGUGAUGAAAGGCAGAUUCUGCAUUAGAUAAACCUAUAGCAUGCUGCAGAUGUUCUAUAUAAAACUUUAGGACUUUGUGUAAUUAUGUGUGGGACAUAUUAUUUGUGCUUCAGGACUUAAACCUCCUUAGGGCAUUGUUCGGAAUUUAUUUUGGAAAGGCUAAAUGUUGUAUAAACGAUUUUCCUUGGCCAUUGUACAUUGUUUGUGAGCCAUUGGCACCCUCCCAAUCACAAACCAAUUCUGAUCUUCUUGGAGGAGGCCGUCUGCGGCGGCAGCGAGCACUGCAACACUGCCGCUCGAUUUGGAGCUUCAGAGAAUCAGAGUGGCUUCUCAUAAGUUUUGUAAGAGCAUCUCCAAUGCAAGGGCUCAAAUCUUGUAUCUGACUCAAAUCCUAAAACUCAAAAUGAGUCCUAGUUUCUACGCAAGAAUGUGUUUUAUAA